AUGAGCCUGCAAGCCCCUUCCCUCUCGUUGCGGUCUAAGAGCCCGUCGCGCAACAGCGGCUCCACCAAGGCGGUGAUCCUGGUCGGUGGACCGUCCCGCGGCACAAGGUUCAGGCCUCUGUCUAUGGAGCUGCCGAAGCCACUGUUCCCCGUCGCCGGCCACCCCAUCAUCGAGCACUGCUUCCGCGCCGUAGCGGCCGUGCCCGAGAUCAAGGAAGUCUUCAUUGUCGGCUACUAUGAGGAGUCCGUCUUCCAGCCCUUUAUCAACACCGUCUCCACCAGCUGGCCGCAGUUGAGCGUCAAGUACCUGCGCGAAUACCAAGCCCUGGGCACAGCGGGCGGUCUCUACCACUUCCGCGAUGUCAUUCUCAAGGGCAGGCCCGAGAAGCUGUUCGUGCUCAACGCCGACAUCUGCUCGUCGUUCCCUCUGCAGGAAAUGCUGAGGCUGUUCGACGACAAAGACGCCGAGGCGGUCAUGCUGGGCACAAGAGUCGCCAACGAGUCGGCCUCCAACUUCGGAUGCAUCGUCUCUGACGCCCACACCAAGCGCGUCCUGCACUACGUCGAAAAGCCCGAGUCGCACAUCUCCAACCUCAUCAACUGCGGUGUCUACCUCUUCUCCACAGAGUGCAUCUUCCCCGCCAUCCGCUCCGCCAUCAAGCGCCGCACCGAACGCCCGCGCCUGCUCUCCUACCCCUCCUCGGAGAACCUCGAGUCCUCCUUCUACCAGGGCGACGAUGACGACGAGGACAAGGCGAACCUCGUCAUCCGCCUCGAGCAAGACGUCCUUUCCGAUAUCGCCGACUCGCGCCAGUUCUUCGUCCUCGAAACCAAGGACUUCUGGCGCCAGAUCAAAACCGCCGGCUCCGCCGUCCCAGCAAACGCCCUCUACCUCCUCAAGGCCUUCCAGUCCGGCUCCGAAGAACUCGCCGCCCCCUCGGCAAACAUCAUUCCCCCCGUCUACAUCCACCCCAGCGCGCACGUUGAUCCCACUGCGAAACUCGGCCCCAACGUGUCCAUCGGUCCGCGCGUCACCGUCGGUGCCGGCGUGCGCAUCAAGGAGUCCAUCGUCCUCGAGGACAGCGAGAUCAAGCACGAUGCGUGCGUCAUGUACACGAUCAUCGGGUGGCAUAGUAAGAUUGGCGCGUGGGCGCGUGUUGAGGGUACCGCGCUGCCGGUCACCAGCCACUCGACGAGCAUUGUGAAAAACGGCGUGAAGGUGCAGAGUAUUACGAUCCUGGGCAAGGAUUGCGCGGUGGGUGAUGAGGUUAGGGUGCAGAACUGUGUGUGCUUGCCGUAUAAGGAGUUGAAGCGCGAUGUCUCGAAUGAGGUUAUCAUGUAA